AUGCCACGGAAGAGCCAAAAUGCUACGCCGUGGAGAGAGAAGAGAAGACUUCAAGCCGAAGGCAUUACGGAUACCAGAAGACUAUCGAAGACCAACCGAGAAAGGUUUCGCCGCCAGAAGAAAGCCGCAUUCAGAGGAGCCAAUCGUUUGUUUGUCGAUGGCCUAGAUACGAGUCGUAAUCGUCGCAUCUAUAUUCUCAUUAUAGAAAAGAUGAAGUCUGGGCCUCGCUAUACUACGUAUGAUUCCCACCCAAAAAGUGAAUGGAUUCCGGCAGCAGAAGAAGUGGCCAAAAAUUGGCCCCGAACCGAUACGUGGGAUCCCUCCGACUUUGGCGAUUCACCGAAAGCAAAUGACCAUGGCACAAAAGCGAAGACUCCACAAAUGAUAUCUGGCCAAAAGACCUUUCGACGGACGCUCGUAAUACCACGGCCGCCUUUACUCCACCUCUGA